UUUUCGUCGUCGUGUCGGGUCCUUCCAACGACAACUUAUUGCGUUAUUACACCGUCGGGUCUUAAACGGCGUCGUUCGCUUCUUCUUCGCCGGACGGCUCGCUGUUCCGCACGCUCCGGCUCCGCAUUCUUCUUCUACAGUUCAUAAAUUUCCGGGAAGAAGGAUAAUCAAAAUCAAAGGUUCAAAACGAGGGGUCGUUGCCAAAAGGGCUCGUGAUUCUAUUUUUUUUCUUCACCGGUCAUUAAUUGUUAUGGCGGAAAAGAACAGGAUAGAGCCUCCCCUAUUCGACCAAUAAUGGCUUCCCAUUUCCCCUCGAUUUCCUCACUUGGUUCUUAUUUUUUCGUUUCUCUAUUUAUUAUUGAUUCGAUAGUGUUUUCCUAUUGAGAUGUGCGUGAGAUAUGGUUGCGAUUGGGGGAAUUUCGUUGCCGCGUUUCAUAGCGCCGUCGCUUCACCGCCAGUCCUUUUCGCCGCCGGCGAUUGGGUUUGCGAGGUUUCCCAAUAGGAUUAGGCUUAGAUCGACAGUGGCUUUGCUGGAUGAGGUUGAGAAGACGGGUUCGAGGGCGGCGAUUGUCAAUCGGAAGGUCGAUGGUUUGGUUAAGAGUGAUUGUGAGACUGAUUUCGAUGCUACCUUGGGCAAUGGACAUGCUAGGAACUCUGGCAAAAAUCUUGGCGUGUUGUCCACCGUUGGAAAUUCUACUAACAUCAAAUGGCAUGAAUGUUCUGUUGGAAAGAUUGAAAGACAGAGCCUACUAGAACAGAAAGGAUGUGUCAUAUGGAUCACUGGUCUUAGUGGCUCAGGGAAGAGCUGUGUGGCCUGUGCCUUGAAUCAAAUCUUAUACAAAAUGGGGAAGUUGGCUUAUAUCCUUGAUGGGGAUAAUGUCAGGCAUGGCUUGAACCGCGACCUUGGUUUUAAAGCGGAAGAUCGUGCCGAGAACAUAAGGAGGAUCGGUGAGGUUGCGAAACUGUUUGCCAAUGCCGGAGUUAUUUGCAUUGCUAGUUUGAUAUCUCCAUAUCGAAGGGAUCGAGAUGCUUGUCGUGCCAUUUUGCCUGAUGGAUAUUUUAUUGAGGUGUUCAUGGAUGUUUCUCUUGAAGUUUGUGAAGCAAGAGAUGCAAAAGGACUGUAUAAGCUUGCACGGGCGGGGAAGAUCAAAGGCUUUACCGGUAUUGAUGAUCCGUAUGAAGUACCAUUGAACUGUGAGAUAGUACUGAAGAACAAUGGAGGCUCCCCAUGUGAGAUGGCAGAGAAAGUAAUGAGUUACCUUGAGCAGAAGGGCUUCCUGCAGGCUUAAAACUCAAACCCUACUAGAAAGGGGGCUUUAACCCUACUUGACCGACCACAGCUUUGUUUGGUUGCGUCUGAUUUGGUUCUUCUUUAUCCAAUUCUUUUCUGCAAUACAGAUAGGAACGAAGGCAAUUCACCUUGCCAUAUAUGUAAUGUAGACUUCUUUCAAACAGGGUAUGUAUAUAUAUGGUAUUAAAAUAUUUGGUUCUUUCUGAUUUA